CGCAGCAGACGGCUGCUCAAAAUCUCUGUGAAACUGCAAACAGACUGCAUGUUUGCCUGGGAAGUGGUUUCUGGAUGAGGAGGCUGUCCGUGAACAGUCAUGGGAUGUGGGGUCUCAAAGUCUAACCAGUUCCACAAACACUCCAGAAAAGCGGUCACAACCAUCAGAGCUGCCGUCCUGAUCCAGCGAUGGUACCGGCAGUACGUGGCCCGCACAGAGAUGAGGCGCCGAUACACCUGGAACAUCUUCCAGUCCAUCGAGUACUCUGGAGAGCAGGCUCAGAUCAAGCUUUACAAUUUCCUCGGCUACCUCAUGGACAACUUCACACCAUCCAGCAGUGAAAGGAAUUUGAUCUCACACAUCUUCAGAGAGAACGACAUUUGCCGUGACGCAGAGUGGGAGAGGUACUUCUGCUACAAGAACAUCGAGGUUCCUGAGGUCUACUCGGGGCCCCACCUCACCUUUCCUCUCACGCUGGAACAGGCCAUCGGCCUCCUGGAUGCCUUCAGGAACAAGAAGCAGCUGCACUCGCGCUACGUCCUGCAGCUGCUCCUGGAGACCUGGAGGCUGCUGCGCAUGCUGCCCAACAUCAACCGCAUCUCCACCUGCCACAGCAAAGAGGUCACCAUCUGCGGAGACUUGCAUGGACAGCUGGAGGACCUCCUGCUGAUUUUCUACAAGAACGGGAUGCCCUCCCUGGAAAAGCCUUACGUGUUUAAUGGAGACUUUGUGGACCGAGGAAAAGACUCCAUCGAGAUCCUCCUCAUCCUCUUCUCCUUCCUGCUCAUUUAUCCCAGUGACGUCUACCUCAACAGGGGAAACCACGAGGACCACAUCAUCAACCUGAGAUACGGCUUCACCAAGGAGGUUUUGACCAAAUACCGGGUUCAUGGAAAACGGAUCCUCAAGCUGCUCCAGAAGAUUUUCAGCUGGUUGCCGUUGGCGACCGUCAUCGACCAGAAGGUGCUGGUCCUCCACGGAGGCAUCUCAGACACCACUGACCUCGCCGUCCUGGCGAAACUGGACAGGCACAGCUACGUCUCCGCCCUGAGGCCUCCCAAGAAGAGGAACCAGAGUCUGUCCGGGCUCUCCAUGGACAUGGACAUCGGGGACGAGGGCUGGGGCACCAGCAGGGUCUUCAAGCGUCGGGCUUCACUGGCAUAUUCCAAGUCUCUGGGAACCCGGAACUGCUUUCAGAACCGCUCGCUGCAGGACUUUUCUGGACGCCUCCGAAUGAACAUGGACAACGAGCUGGAGAUCCCCAGCAGGAAACAGUCCGUGUUCCUGUCAGACGAAGGCGGGUCAGAAAAAGAGGCGCUGAACGUUUCCACGGACUCUGUCAGGAGUGACAACUCCAACGAGGAGUGGAGACAGAUCUUGGACCUGCUGUGGAGCGACCCCAUGACCCAAAACGGCUGCAAACCCAACGAGGUGCGGGGCGGGGGCUGCUACUGGGGGCCUGACAUCACCGAGGACUUCCUGAACAGACACAACAUGCAGCUCAUCAUCCGCUCCCACGAGUGCAAGCAGGAGGGUUACGAAUUCUGCCACAACCGCAGGGUCCUCACUCUAUUCUCUGCCUCCAACUACUACGACGUGGGGAGCAACCGGGGGGCCUACGUCAAGAUGGGUCCGGACCUGGAGCCUUACGUGAUUCAGUACCAGGCCAGCAGCAUGACCAGGGAGCUCACCGCCAAACAAAGCAUCGGGCGCACGGAGCGCUCCGCCCUCAAAGUCCUGCGGGAGCAGCUGUUUGCGCACAAAUCUGACCUCAUCUGUGCCUUCAGGGGGUUCGACACGGAGAACGCAGGGUUGGUGUCCCUCAGCGACUGGGCCUGCGCCGUGGAGAGCGUCAUGCAUCUCAACCUGCCCUGGAGGAUGCUCCGCUGCCAGCUGGUCACCUGCAAGGGCAGCGACGGCAUGAUCGACUACAACGCCUGGUUCCACGAGCUCGCCAUCAAGGGGCCGAACACAGACCAUAUUGAGCAGACGCUGCUGGAAACGCUGUACCGCCACCGCUCCACGCUGGAGACCAUCUUCAGGAUCGUAGACACAGACAACUCAGGUUUCAUCUCCAUGGAGGACUUCCGGCAGACCUGGAAGCUGCUGAGCGUCUACCUGAAGAUGGAGAUCACGGAUGAGGCCAUCUCUGACCUGGCGGUCACCAUAGACAGCAACCAAGACGGCAGCAUCGACAUCGACGAGUUCAUGGAGGCCUUCCGGCUGACGGACAAGAAGAGCCGCCUGGAGAGGGGGCGGAGCAUGUUCAUGGGCACGGCCACCGACCUCACCAAACUGGACGAAGAUCCCAACAUCUGAAAGGAGGGAACAGGUGGGGCCGACGGCAGCCGGGUGCGGGCGAGCUGUCACGGUGAUGCAAACGGCGACGCGGGAUGCUGCGCGGAUCACAAAGGAUUAUGGGAAGGAGUCUGUGGACAGAGAAAGUGUGGAAAAAACACUUGAAAGACUUUUUUUAUUUAGAGAAGAGAAAAAGUCCUCAUGCAGGCUUUGAAAAUGUGGGAUGUUUUCGCACCAAAAUCUGCCACGCACAAAAAAAACCAAGCUGUUUGUGAGGAAACUUUUAGCCUGCGGGUGACAAUUUCUCUCAAAUGUUUUCUUCUCGUCAAGCACUGACCAAAUGUCAGGGUUGACCUAGUUUUAAUAAAUACACAAUAGUUCAGAGAAACUCUAAA